AAAUAUAAUUAGCUGAGAAUGAGUUAUCAACUAUAUCCUAAGCCUUUCUAAUUUUAUUACUAUCCUCCUUACAUUCACUAACUUGGCCUUCCAUUGAUCAAUCCUUAUAAUCUAAAUAAUUAUCCUCAAUAAAUGAGCUCAUUUUAUUAUUAACCCAUCAUAGGAAAUUCAUCAGACAAUUGUAUUGUGAUAGAAGAUGAUAAUAUUUAACAUCCACUGAACCCCAAUCAAUAAUCAAUAGUUUAAACAUAAACCAAUAGAGAACAGACAACUCAAUAAGAGUAGUUGAUGAUUCUAGAAUAACCAUUUAAGAAGUAGAUAUAAUAAAGUGACAAAUUAAAUGAAAAUGAACCACACAUUCGUAUAAGUGUCUUCAAGCAGCAUUCAAGCUAAAUUGAUGCUGAAUAUAUCCUCUAAUAUGAUAGAAUCAUGGGAAACGAAUACAAAAAGGAAAUAACAAUAGGUAGAAGAAAAUAAUAAGAUGACAAAUCAGAGAAUUGUGAUAUUUAUUUGCCUCAUGGAGAUAAGAAUGUUGAAAAGCUUCACUGUAAAUUGUUGACAGAAAAAGGAUUUUCUUAUUCAAAUCUUCUAACAAAAUCAGUUCUUCUAUUCUUCUCAUUAUUCAGAUCAAGCAAACCAAUUAUAAAAUUACCUUUUUCAAUUAGAAAACAUAUCUAUUCAUUUAUUAAAGAAAAGCCAUAAUUUUAUUUAACAGAUAAUGCAACUAAGGUUGGAACAUUUAUGAAAAUUAAAAAGGACAAUCUAAAACUAAUGUAACUACACAAUACAUAUCUGAUCGGGGCUGACACAUAUUUCCAUGUUAUGGAAAUCAAAUCAAAACCUUCAUAGAUCAAAUAAAAAAGAAACAAAGAUUUAAAUUAGUUUUAUAAAUCUCUUGCAAAAGAACAAGUAAGAAAAGGUGCUAAGAUUCAUGGGCUAACAUUAUAGGAAAGCGAGUAAUUCAAUAUAGUGCUAAAUGAAUUCAGAACAAAUAAUUAAAGACAAAGAACUUUACAAAAAUUGAAUCAAUAUGAUAGACCCUAUUUAAAAUUUUCAUUUAAUAGUGCUUCUGUCAAUUAAAUUUAAUCUCACAUAUUCAUAGCAAAUUAUGAUUAAGAGUCUGUUUUUAAAAUUGGGAGAUCCUAAGAAUGUGAUGUCAUAGUUAAUAUCAAUACUGUCUCUAGGAGAUAAGCAUAAAUAAUAUAUAAAAAUAAUGAAUGGUUCAUCCAUGAUGGAGAAGGUAUCAGAGAAUCAGCAAAUGGCACUUGGCAGUCAUUGCAAAAUUAUUCCACGAGAAAUCAAGAUAAAAAAAUAUAGAGCAAACCCAGCCUAAUUGAAGAUUAAAUGGAAGUUAAAAUAAGUGAGAAUAUUAUUAAAUUUGAUUUUGUAAACUUUGGUGUUACUAAAAAACGAAAACUUAAUUAAGCAUUAAUACAGGACUUACUUUAGUGA